AUGCUACGGGUAACCUUUUACAGGGCCAUCUUAAAUCUAUUGGUUGCAUCGCUGCUCUUGUCCCCAACUGGAAGCGGCGAUGACAACCUGAGACUGAAAACCGAAAUUCUUGCGGCUAUCUUGGUUCUGCUAAACUUCAACAUCAUCGUGUUUGUGUCAGUAACACAGGUAUUCUACGAGCAAACCACCACUCCAGAUCAGACAUCUGAUAUACCAUCGGAACAUGCGAUUGCGGACUACACCACUGAGCCAUCCAACUCCAGCUGCAGUUCAUAUGAGUGGGCAUGCCACUACUACGGUCAAUGUAUUCAAGACUACCAAAGAUGCAACGGAUACUCGGACUGCUACCAUGGCGAAGAUGAAUACUACUGUAACGGAAACACCGUUGCUCCCACUGUAGACGUCAAUCCACCCUCCUUCGUGAUACGAUUAGUGAAUGGCAGCACCAUCUAUGAAGGCAGAGUAGAGGUGUUUGUCAACGGUUCCUGGGGAACGGCUUGUAGCCAUUCCUGGGACAUGAACGAGGCCCAAGUCAUCUGCAGACAGCUUGGAUAUGGACCAGCCAUUAAUGCCACGGGUUACGCUACCUAUGGCCCGGGUGUUGGUCCUAUUCACCUUGUACAUGUCUACUGCAACGGUUCGGAAAGCUCAAUUUUCGACUGCACAUCCAAUUACUCUGAACACUGCUCUCACAGUGAAGAUGCUGGUGUUGAAUGCUCAGCUCCGAUUCGUCUAGUUAAUGGAAGCUCUUCUAACGAGGGUCGAGUUGAGGUCCUCUACCAAGGCGAGUGGGGUACAGUUUGCGAUGAUUAUUGGGGCAUUCAUAAUGCUGGUGUUGUCUGUCGCAUGCUUGGUUACCACUCUGCAUCCAAUGCUUGGAGCAACGCUCACUUCGGUCAAGGAUCAGGUCCGAUCAUGCUAGACAAUGUCAACUGCCAAGGAUAUGAAUCUAGCAUAGCUGAAUGCAAUCAUGCUGGCUGGCUUAGCCAUAACUGCCUGCAUAAUGAGGACGCCGGAGUUACUUGUAACAGUGCUCCAGUUCGUUUCGUGAAUGGAAGCUCUUCUUACGAGGGUCAAGUUGAGGUCUUCUACCAAGGCGAGUGGGGUACAGUCUGCGAUGAUGGAUGGGACCUUAAUAAUGCUGAUGUCGUCUGUCGCAUGCUUGGUUACCCUUCUGCAUCCAACGCUUGGAGCGGCGCUCACUUCGGUCAAGGAUCAGGUCCGAUCAUGCUAGACAAUGUUAACUGCCAAGGAUAUGAAUCUAGCAUAGCUGAAUGCAAUCAUGCUGGCUGGUUUAGCCAUAACUGUGGGCAUAAUGAGGACGCAGGAGUUACUUGUAACAGUGACUCUACCACUGAACCACCCUACUCCGGCUGCAGUUCAUAUGAGUGGCAAUGCUACUACAACGGUCAAUGUAUUCAAGACUACCAAAGAUGCAACGGUUACACUGACUGCUAC